AUGGUAAAGAAGAUAUACCACAAGAAGAAUGUUCAUAGUUGGCGCGACUUAGAUGGCCGAGCAGAACCUCUCCACGCUCGCCCAUGUCCUCUCAAGCCGCCCAACACACCAUCCCAUCUCAUUCCAUCUGCAUCUCACCCAUCCCACCUCACCACACUUGCAUUCCAUCACUACCAUCAUUCCACUGCAUUCACCAUUCUUCAAACGGCCAUAUCGAGAAUCAGCGCCGAACGCGCAGACCGGCUGGCCGAGGAACGAUGUUCCGCGCUCGGCCAAAACCGUAUUCGUCCGACUGAUGUCUCGGCCAAAGUUCAAACCAUCGGCCGAUCACGCAGACCCGGGAAACAUUGUCCCGCGGUCGGCCAAGCCAACGCCACGCCACCCGCGCACGACCAAGCGCGCGAGCCGGGAAACAAAGCCUCGCGGCCGCGCAACCUUCGCGUACCACGGCCGAUGCAUCCGUCCGAGCCGGGAAGACGUCCCACGUCCGGCCGAGAAACCAUCGGCCAAAUCUUCAUCCGCCGACCAAGCCGGCCGACCGUGAAAUCAUCCGGCCACGACCGUUCCGACUCGACCAAAGACCCGACUGUCCGGCCGACCGUCCCGACGACCGUCCGAACGCCGCGGUCGACCCGAAGCCGUUUUUGA